AUGCGAAAUGUAGAAAACGAAUUGAGACAAUUGAUAACAAUUCAUUCUACGGAUCCCAAACGAAACUUGAAUCCGUUCACUAUGAGAUUACAAGGCAUAAUUGAUGCAAAUGUACAGGGAGGAAUAAGUAAAUAUCAGCAGGCUUUUUUCACCAAAGAAUUUGUAAAACUGUAUCCGGAACAUAAAGUUUAUGCCGAAAAUUUAAGAGAAUUAAUUAUAAAUGCCACAAGGGUGAUUGAAGAAGGGUUAAUUCUGCAUGGAAAAUUGGCGCCUCAAAGUGUCCAACCACUUCAUCAGCGAUUAUUAGAAAGAUUUAUUCAGUUGAAAGAAAGCCUUGGCGCCUUUAAUCAACAAUCCACUAAUAGUAUCGUAAAUACUCCUCUUCCACCUGUGCCCACAGAUAAAAGAUUAUUAAUGGAAAAUGGUAGCAAUAGAUCUUCCGGCUCUAGCGGAAAUUAUGGACAUUUAGUAGAACAUCAUACAGCAGAAUACGAUAAUAUAUAUACAAAGCCGGCGGAUAAUGAAAGACCUAGUUUAAACAGAGAGAAUCUAUCAUUACCCAUGCCAAUUGCACCUAUCGCACCUCCUAUACCACAAAGGGAAUGUAGACCUCGGUCUCAAGGAUUCAGUAACACUAGUUUUGCAGAAUUACGAACUCCCACCAGAGGUCCGCUGGAAUACAAUAGUGCCAGUUUACCAUCAAUGAAGUCAAGGGAUUCUGAAUCGGGAGAUCUACCUCUUCCACCUAAACCAACACAUUCAAGAGAAAGAUCCUUAACAAAACCACCUUCUCCUCGGCUUUUGAGACAUGCUAUGUCAAUGACUCCUACAGAUAGUCCUCAUUUACGGAACUCUUGGCCAGAAAGUGGCACUUUAGAAGAAGCACCUCCACUUCCACCAAGAUCACAUACACCAGAUAAACGAGUUCAGAGUUUACCAAACGAAAAUCCUCCUAACAUUCCUAAGCGUGGCCAGAAGAAGUCUACUCAGUCAAUGUGUAGUGUCGAAUACUUUCCUCUAGAAGAUUCCACACAGGAAAGCAAUCUAGUUACAUCAACUAACAGUCUCAGUACUCACGUGGACAGCCACGACUUACGCGAUUCUGGAAUCAGCAUGACAGAACCUCCGAUGAACAAUUUCAAUAACGCGAGUUACGAAGAUUACGAUUUUCGAACUCACCAGUCCGAAAUGAAUAUUAAUAGCAGCCCCAGUCCAAAAGCUGAGAAUACUGAAAACCCGCCUCCUAUACCCCCUAAGUCAACUCUAUCCUCUCUUAACUCGAGCUUUGACUUAGGAGGUAGUCUUGAACGGCCAAAACGACGUGAAGAGUUGGAUGUGUUAAGUCCAGUCGAAAGUUAUUCCUUUCCUGUCAUACACAAAGAGAACGGGACUACCGCAAGCUGUACUGAAAAAAAUACCGAGUCCUAA